AUGGCGCUGCAGGCAAGAAGAAGGAACAGUUUCUAUCGUACGCUAAAAAAUGUCGAACCCGAUUUGGAUGAUCUGGUUCUUGACAGAGGUGCCAAGGCAACUGCACAGAAUAAGUGGCUUUUCGAGAUUGCAUGGGAAGUUGCGAAUAAAGUUGGUGGUAUUUACACUGUCAUAAAAACCAAAGCACCAGUGACCGUAGAAGAAUGGGGUGAACAGUUCUGUUUGAUAGGGCCCUACAAUGAAGCUUGUGUACGCACAGAGGUUGAGCUUCUGGAGCCCCACCUGCAUUCUUACAGGGAGACUAUUGCAAGUAUGAGAAAUGCUGGAAUCAAGGUUUAUUUUGGCCGUUGGCUGAUUGAUGGCUACCCCAAGGUUGUCUUAUUUGACAUUGGGUCUGCAGCUUGGAAACUCGAUGAAUUCAAGCAUGAACUCUGGGAGACAGCCAACAUUGGUAUACCGUGGCAUGACCGUGAAUCUAAUGACGCUGUUAUAUUUGGAGCUCUUGUAUCUUGGUUCUUGACUGAAUUCAUAAAGAAUACAUCUGGUGAGCCCAUGGUGACAGCUCAUUUCCAUGAAUGGCUGGCAGGAGCUGGCCUGAUCUAUACACGGACCAGAAAGAUAAACGCUGCACUGAUCUUCACUACGCACGCCACAUUGCUAGGGAGAUAUCUCUGUGCAGGGAGUGCUGAUUUCUACAACAACCUGGACACAUUCAACCUGGACAAAGAAGCCGGAGAUCGACAGAUUUACCACCGCUAUUGUCUGGAGCGGGCAGCUGUCCACUGCUCCCAUGUAUUUACCACUGUCUCAGAUAUCACUGGGGUAGAGGCAAAGCAUCUGCUGCAGAGGGUACCUGAUGUGAUCACUCCUAAUGGUUUAAAUGUGGUGAAGUUCAGCGCAAUUCAUGAGUUCCAAAACUUACAUGCCAUCAACAAGGAGAAGAUCAAUGACUUUGUUCGGGGACAUUUUUAUGGGCAUUAUGAUUUCGACUUGGAUAAGACACUGUACUUCUUUACUGCUGGCAGAUAUGAGUAUUCUAAUAAAGGAGCAGAUAUGUUUAUAGAAUCUCUAGCAAGGCUGAACUAUUACCUUAAGUCGUGCAAUAGUGACAUGACCAUCAUUGCUUUCCUGAUCUUUCCUACUCGGACAAACAACUUCAACGUUGAAUCAUUGCGUGGUCAAGCUAUUGCUAAGCAACUUAAGGAUACAGUCAGCAAUGUUCAGAACCAGAUAGGCAGGCGACUUUUCGAUAUUUGCUUGAGGGGAAAGAUUCCGAGCGGAGAUGAAAUUCUAACUCAGGAGGAUAUAGUCAAGCUUAAGCGUUGCAUUUAUGCAGCACAGAGAAACAGUCUUCCUCCAAUCUGCACUCACAAUGUUGUGGAUGACUCCAGUGAUCAGAUCCUUAACCAGAUCCGAAGAUGCAAUCUUUUCAACAACCGUCAUGACAGAGUUAAAAUAGUAUUCCAUCCUGAGUUCUUGAGUCCCACAAACCCUCUUUUUGGCUUGGAUUAUGAAGAUUUUGUCCGAGGAUGCCAUCUUGGUGUCUUCCCAAGUUACUAUGAGCCUUGGGGCUACACACCAGCUGAAUGCACAGUUAUGGGCAUACCCAGCAUCACCACAAACCUGUCCGGCUUUGGCUGCUUCAUGCAGGAACAUGUCAUUGAUCCCAAGUCCUAUGGUAUCUACAUUGUUGACAGGAGAUACAAGAGUGCCGAGGAUUCUGUCAGAGAACUAGCACAAUUCAUGUUCGACUUCUCAUCCUUGUCCCGCCGUCAGAGGAUCAUUCAGAGGAACAGGACAGAAAGAUUGAGUGAGAUGCUGGACUGGAAAAAUCUGGGAAUUUAUUACCGUAAGGCCAGAAACCAGGCUCAGGACAAAGUUUUCGGAGACAGAGCUGGCAUUGAUGCUUCAGGCGAGAAAGAAUUUAAAAUGCUGAAACCUGCAUCAGCACCACCAUCCCCUUCAUCGACCCGUGCCUCCACCCCUGCCGAUACAGAAGAGGACGACACCCAUUUGUAUGACGAUGAGGAGGAAGAUGCCGAUAGCGGCAUCCAGUUCAGGGCAGACACUCCUAGUGGCGCCAUCCAAGUGUCUCCACGCAAGGAGUAA